UUGUAUUCGUUGAAAGAAAAUUUCAUGUGGUAAUUUAUAUUAUUAUAAUCCAUGUUAAAAUAAACCAGACAAUGGAUGAUUAUGCAGCAGAACAAGCUAGUGAGGUCGAAGCACUGGACUCGAUUUACUAUACGGAUAUGCAAAUGUUAGAAACAAGGCCGUUCCAUAAGUUCGCGAUAUCUAUAAAGUCCGAAGGGUUCGACGAAGGCGAUGGACUGGCGUGCAAGUUGAUAUUCACGUACACUCCUAAGUACCCAGAUGAGGGGCCUAUCAUUGAGAUAGAUGACAAGGAUAGCUUCGACGAUGCUUUUGAUAAGGGGGAGCUACUCUCGCAUCUGUAUAAAGAGUCAUUGAACAACCUAGGCAUGGUGAUGGUGUUCACAUUGGUGUCAGCGGCACAGGAGUGGCUCAAUGAUAAAUGGGACAGUGUGAAAAAGGAGCGGGAGUCACAAAUUCUUGCUAAACAGAGGGCUGACGAGGAAGCAGAGUUGAAAAGGUUUGAAGGCACAAGGGUGACAGUAGAGUCAUUCCUAGCGUGGAGAAAACAGUUUGAGGCAGACAUGGGCAUCCCAGCCAAGAGAGAAAGGGAAGCCAAGGAUAAGAACAAAUUGACUGGCAGGGAACUCUUCAUGAGAGAUAAUACACUCAAUGAAUCUGACUUGAAGUUCUUGGAGGAUGGUGAGUAG